UGAGACACGCUUAUCAGAUCGGGUUUAGGGUUGAGAUUACUUAAACCCGUCCCAAAUCCGGCCCGUUAUGAUCCCCAGUAAUAACCAAACUUAUAAUUUCAGAAACUAACUACACCAUUUGUUAGCUAAUGUCAACAACCAGUAGAUGCCUCUGGCUGCUAGAAAGAUGCAAGAACAUGAAGCAGCUAAAACAAGUUCAUGGUCAAGCAAUUACAUGUGGCCUUGGAGAAAAUCACUACACUUUAAGCAGAUUAUUAGCUUUUUGUUCACAACCUCAUCAUCAUGGCACCUUAUUCUACGGAUUAAAAAUCUUACAACACAGUAAACAACCCUCUAAUUGCCUAUACAACACCAUGAUCAAAGCUUGUUUGCUUCGAGACGAAUUAAACAUGUCAUUUCAGUUAUACAAACAGAUGCUUGAGAACAAUAUGUAUCCGGAUAAUUACACGCUUCCGUACGUGUUGAAAGCGUGUGCGUACACGCAAAGUUUUCGUCUUGGAGAGGUGGUUCAUGGGUGUUGUGUGAAAUUAGGGUUUGUGUUUGAUAGAUUUGUGGGUAACAGUUUGAUGGUUAUGUACUCUUUGUUUGGGAAAAUAGGGGAUGCACGCCAUGUGUUCGAUGAAAUGCCGAGGCAUUGCGUUGUGUCGUGGACGGUUUUGAUAUCCGGGUAUGCUAAAGUUGGGGAUGUUGAGGUGGCGAGAUUGGUUUUUGACGAAGCGCCGGUUAAGGAUAGAGGAGUUUGGGGUGCGAUGAUUUCCGGGUAUGUGCAGAAUAAUUGUUUUAAAGAGGGGUUACAGAUGUUUCGGUUAAUGCAAUCGACCGACAUUGUGCCGGAUGAGGCUAUGUUUGUGAGUGUACUUGGUGCUUGUGCGCAUCUUGGCGCACUCGAGAUCGGCGUUUGGGUUCAUAAGCUAGUGGAUGAGAUAAAGUUGAAGUGUAGUGUGAGGUUAGGUACUGCGUUGAUGGAUAUGUAUUGUAAAUGUGGGAAGUUGGAUGUUGCUGAGAAGGUGUUCGAUGAAAUGUCUGAAAGAGAUACCAUUUGCUGGAAUGUAAUGAUCUCGGGACUAGCGAUUCAUGGGGAAGGAGUACGCGCUCUUAGAUUGUUUUCGGAAAUGGAGAUGACUGAAAUACAACCAGACGAUGUUACCUUUAUUGCUGUUUUUACUGCUUGUAGUCAUUCAGGUAUGGAACACGAAGGUCUACGAUUGUUCAACAAAAUGUGCGAUGAAUACAACCUCAACCCAAAAACCGAACAUUACAUAUGUAUAGUCGAUCUUCUUGGCAGAGCUGGUUUGUUUAACGAAGCAAAGGAUAUAAUUGAAAAAAUGCCAAAUUCCUGUAAUCCGAAAGAAGUAGCGGUGGCAUGGCGAUCUUUAUUAAGCGCAUGCCAGAGUUAUAAACAAAUAGAACUUGCACAAAUGGCAGCGGAGAGAUUAAUGGAGUUAGAAAAUGAUGGUGGGGUUUAUGUACUAAUGUCUAAUUUAUAUUCGAGUACAGAUGAUGUUGACAGCCUGCAACGGACUAGAAAGUUGAUGAAAACGCGCGGGCUGGAUAAAGUACCGGGGUGUAGUUCUAUUGAGAUUGGUGGUGUUGUUGAUGAGUUUGUGGCUGGUGAGAAAAUGAAUCAUAGGAUAGAAGAAAUUCAUGCGGUUUUGGAGAAUUUGAAUAGGCAGUUGGAUUGAUUUUUGCAGUAGGUACCUACCGCCUUGUGUUACCACCACCAGCCACCGCAUGCCGCCACGAUAAACCGAACAUUUUUGCUACCGUGUGCGUGGUUUGAAGCUUGCACGCUAUUAGAGCUUUAGAAGAUGGAUUCAGUGAGGAUAUACAACAAAUGUACAACCUAUAUAUUCGUUUUAAAUAUUUUAUAUAUAAGUAGAAGAGUUGGAUUUGUAGAUACAUAUGACCAUAUAUCUGUUUGAUCUUGAUUUAUUUUAGCAUCAUAUCAUA